GGGUGUUCCGCCUCUUCAAAAUAAGAAAUUACUCUCCCCCCCUCUCCCAAUCUCCCUCCACCUUCUCAAAACCCUAACCCCUUUCCACCAAUACCCAGCACCUACACUCUGCAAAAUUCUAAUUCUAUUAUGGCGGAGGCGACGGACGAUUCUAGGGACAUCGAGAAGCUCUACGAAUAUGGAGAAAAACUCAACGAAGCUAAAGAGAAGUCCCAGAAUCAGAAGGAUUAUGAGGGGAUAAUUGCUGCGGCGAAUGGCAGUGUGAAGGCGAAACAGUUGGCGGCGCAGCUGAUACCCAAGUUUUUCAAAUAUUUCCCCGAGCUUUCUGAGCAAGCUCUCGAUCAGCAUUUGUAUUUGUGUGAAGAUGAGGAGCUUGGGGUUCGUGUGCAAGCUAUUCGUGGGCUUCCUCUUUUCUGCAAGGAUACACCUGAACAUCUGGCUAAAAUUGUUGACAUCCUCGGACAAUUGCUUAUUGCUGGAGAUAAUGUGGAGCGCGAUGCAGUUCAUAAAGCCCUCAUGUCUCUGUUGCGGCAGGAUGUCAAGACUUCAUUAACUGCCUUAUUUAAGCACAUUGGAAGCACUGAUGAUCGAAAUGCGGAGGAUCUCAGUGCUUGGGAGAGCAUUCGUGAGAAGGUUCUCUGCUUUAUUAGAGAUAAGGUGUUCCCUCUUAAAGCAGAGUUGUUAAAACCAAAGGAUGAAAUGGAGAGACAUAUUACUAAUUUGGUGAAGCAGAAUUUGCAAGAUGUGACAGCUGCAGAGUUUAAAUUGUUCAUGGACUUCUUGAAAAGUUUGAGCUUAUUCGGACAGAAUGCUCCUGUAGAGCGCAUCCAAGAACUUGUUGAGAUUAUCGAAGGCCAGGCUGAUCUGGAUGCUCAAUUUAAUGUGUCAGAUGGUGAUCACAUCGAUCGAUUUAUAUCCUGCCUACAAAUGGCCAUUCCCUUCUUCAUGAGGGGUGCAUCAAGCAGCAAGUUCUUCAACUAUUUGGCCAAGCAGAUUAUCCCUGUUUUUGACAAGCUUCCUGAAGAAAGAAAAUUAGACUUGCUCAAGAGCCUUGCUGAAUGUUCAUUGUAUGCCAAACCACAAGAUUCAAGACAGCUUCUUCCAUCAGUUGUUCAACUUUUAAAGAAAUACAUGGUUCGUAGAAAGAUUGAAGAGAUAAAUUUCACCUGUAUCGAGUGCUUGUUGUAUGCAUUUCACCAUUUAGCUCACAAGACUCCAAAUGCCACGAAUAGCCUUUGUGGCUACAAGAUUGUCACUGGGCAACCUUCAGACAGGCUUGGGGAAGAUUUUUCAGAACAAUUUAAAGAUUUUACAGAAAGAUUGAGCACAAUUGAGGAAUUGGCUAAGGCGAUGAAUAAGAAAUUGACCCAGGGGAUGGCGGAGCACAAUAAAGCUAUGGCAGCUGCAAAGACAGAAGACGAAAAAGAAAUGAUUAAGAAGCAGAAGCAGAAUGCUACAGCUGGCCUUCGGAGCUGCCACAACAUUCAGGCAAUGACCCAGCCUUUGCAUGGAAAAGCGCCUUCAUUUAUCGGGGACCAGAAAAUUAGCUUGUCAUGGAAAGAAGUAACAAAAGCUGCAGUAACAUCCGGUGCUGGUGCUGCUGGCCAAAAACGAACAGCUACUGCCACAAAUGGAUCUGGCACGAAUGCAACAAAGAAGGGUCGAGGAGCAGGCGGCUUAUCAAACCAACUUCUUAAUAGAGCCUUUGAAGGCUUAAAUGAUACAAGAAGUGGCGGAAGAGGUAGAGGCUGGAGGGGUCGUGGCAGAGGAAGGAGUUACCGCUAAAAACCAUCAGUUUGUUGUAUAAUAUUACAGACAUUUAGCUAAUUUGUAGACAUUGUAGUAACUGGUUUUUCACUGAUCUAGUUUCAGAAUACAUGAUUUGUUCGAUAUAUUCUAAUCAGCUGCCCCUUUACGUCGACUAAACAUUCGCCUGCUCUGCUCAAUUUAUCUGGACAGAUGAGAUCCCUACUUCCAUUGUUUUUAUGAUUCAGAGUCAGACUAGAUCUGUUCAACAGAGUAUCCACAUCUUUAGGCAAUCUGGCAUGUAUUUGUUGUAACCUUAUGUUGAAUGUCUGUGUGUUUUCCUUAUUGCUUGAAGCAACAUUCUUAAGCUGAUGAAAA